UCGCGCGUCGUCGCUUCGAACGUGAGGUUGAAAUCCCAGUUAGCAGAGCACCAGAAUACGUUUACAACGAUUUGUGCGGCCAACAAGCAUCAGCUAAAAGCGACUGGCGACAACAUGGAAACCUAUUUGACGGAGAUCAAACAGUUGCGCAUACCACGCCCGAAAUUCGAACCCAACAGUUGCCAUCAGCAGCACCAUCAUGCGGUGACAACAGGCGCGACCACGCCCACAUCCACGCCCAUCCAGCCGCCCCCGCCCCUGCACCACCGACAGUGGCGACACUUUGUGCGACCCUUCACGCCGCCACGCGAUUACCAUCUGCCCAUGAUGGCCGAUGGUUCCAUGCACGACAAGAUGUGAGGAGGACCUGCUGGCUGGCCAGGCAAACAUGCUGCCCAUACAUAACCCCCAUAGGAUAGUGCUUAAGCUUAGUGUUAGAAUAGUUAACGUACUAUAGAUACAGAUACAGUUACAGUUACAGAUACAAAGAAUAAAGAAUACAAAAAUUGA